ACACUAAUAUUGUAUUAUUUUGAAUUGCAAUCGUCAUCCAUGUACAAAAGAAGUUUACGAGGCUCGUUGAGUCAGUCAUCCUAUACAGAACCAGUAAUAAACCUAAGAAGUCCAGACAAACUCCAUGAUCGAACUCACUCGAAGAAGCAUAAUCGUUAUCACAAAAGUAGAAGCGCUUCAAACCAUGAUUCUUCACUUAGUGUUGUUAGUGACAAAAGAGCUCGUGAUUCAAAAUUGGAGCUAGUCGAAGACUUUGAAGAUGAUGAGACGAAUAAGUUUCAUUUAAAAAGUACUCACACUUGUGAAAAUCCAACAGUUAGUAAAACGUCUGCUCAAAAUAACCCUUUGUUAUCUCAUGAUCGAGAAACCUUUGGAUACGAGCCGUUCAAUAUGUCCAACUCGACUCCUAAUUUGGGCCACCUCUAUUCACACGUACCUCGACAUCGGACAAAUCAAACUUUAAUUACCGAACCUGAAGAAUACGACCAAUAUAUAUCCGACGAUUCACAAAUACAGCAGUUGUUUCCUGACACAGUCCAAUCCAUGCCAUGUUCGCCUAGAGUCAAUGAACUCCUUGAGGGUCAAUGUGUCAUCGACCCCAGCUUUACUAAUUCUGAACAUUUUGGACACAUUUACCAACCAAAUACAAAUCUCAACAUAUAUGAGUUCUACGAAUGUCAGCUAAAUAAACAGCUAACAAAGUUGAGUAUGCUUCACGCUCAACAAUUAAAUAUUCAGGUUUUGUUAGAGCGUGAAUGGCUGAAAUUGCACAAGAAAACUAUGACCAAUCUCAAUAUUCAUUUAUUGAAAAUAUAAAUAAUGCAAGACAUGUACAUUCAACAAGUAGCACUAAUGCAAUACCAGUUCAUUCACCUGAAAUGCGUAAUAUGAAUUCAUUCAAGCAUCAUAAUGAUUUACUUUAUUUAAGUAAAAAUUUCAAAUCUGCUGAAUGUGGACUAAAUAAUUUAGAUGGUGGUGAUAACCAAGUAUUUAAUAUUGAUACCUAUAAUGAUAAUGUUUUAGCAAGAAUGCAAGAACGAAGUCGUAAUAGUGCAGAUGAAGGAACAUUCAACUUGAAUUCAAAUUACCGCAUGAUUUCACCAAAUUAUACAAUAAAAGAUAGAAAACCUGUACAUAAUUUAAAUUCAACUAUACUUUAUAAUAGAGAUCAUCUCUACUCACAAGAACUACUGAAUCGUUUAAUUCAAAAUUCACAGUCAAACGGUUACACAAAUUAUACACCAGUUUUUAACAAACCGUCACAUAAAUUAUCAACCAAAAAUAAUAAUUAUUUUUCUGAAUUAAAUAAUCAACAAAUAAUCAAAAAACCAAGUGUACCAAAAAGUGGUUCACCAUCGAAAGGAAGUUAUUUAACUUCUUCCGAAAUUGAAAUUCACUUACCAAGAGAAUAUCAAUCUUUUCAAUCAAAUCAACAUUCAAAGAAUUCAUUUCAACCUGGUAUAAACAAUCAAAAUUUGACAAAAACAUUUUCGGAGAACCAAAAUUUGAAACAAUCUAAAUUGAAUAAAUGUUCAGGUUCUGAUCGAUUAUCUUCAAAGAAAUAUUUAAAAUCUGAUUGUAAAAAGAAACUUUUAUUAAAUCGAGAUGAUUCAAAACUACCAAUAAAUAGAUCUAAAAGUCCACCACAAAUGUUUAUAUUACGUAAAAGUGCAUCACAACCUUGUAUUUACAAAAAUGAUAUAAAUAAGGAAGAAAUUAACAGAUCGAGUCCCCCUCAAAAAUAUCCUCUUAUCAAACAGAGUAGUGAAUUGAAUGCAAACAAAUCAUCAACUGAAUCAAUUGAUAGAGAAAUUUUGGAUAUUGAUUAUAAAGCUUCAACAUCGUUAUGGUAUGAUCACAAUGAUAAUAAUAAUAAUGUAAAGAAAAAUACUUUUAAUGGUGUUGUUAAUCAUGGUAAUGAUCAACACUGUUUACAAGAUACUAGUCAAUUAUUACCAUCAUAUCCUCGUAUAAUAAAACAAGUUUCUACAUUGCCUAAACACAUUGAAGUGGAUAAAGAAAAAGAUUAUGAAUAUAGUUCAAAUUCAACAAGUCAUUCAAGUACUUCAAAUAUCACAAAUAAUCAUAUAAAAACCAAACAUAAAUCUAUGACGAAUUAUCAGUAUAAUGAUAAUAAAUUAAAAGUUAUUCAUGCAACUGAUAAUACAAAUAGUGUGAAGAAGCCGAUAUAUGAACAAAAUGAAACUAGUUAUAAUAACGUACAUAUAUCAAGAGAAUGUAAACAAAAUAACAUUAUUGAUCGCAAUGAUUCCUCCACCUUAUCAAACUCUUUGUCUACGCUAAAAUUGUCGAAUGGAACUGCAAAUCAACAAAACCGAAUCAUAAGUAGCAACUGCACUACUGCUAUGAUAAAGACUAAUAAUAAUAGUAAUAAUAAUGGUGAUUUGAAUAAAUUUAUAAAGCAUACAUCCGAUGAUCAGUUGAAUAAUUAUGAGUUAGAUCUAACAAAUGACUCUGGUAUAUCAUCUGUGAAUAAAGAUUCGAUAAUACCAAGUGGUGUAAUCUGUUUACAUAAAGAAAUUAAUCAUAUGGUAUUUGGUCCUUCUCGUAAUCCACUCAAUAAUGCUGUGUUGAAUUUCACAAUUAGUGAACGAAUAAAUACACCAACAUGGUUAGCUUUAUGCACGGAUGAAAUGAAAGUUUAUGUCUAUGAUUUAUGGACCCAUAGUUGUUUAACAGAAUUUAUGAAUCAUGCUAUUUCAUCAACGAGUCCUGUAAUACAUCUGUUCUCAUUGAAUCCACUAGAAUAUUCUGAUAAUUCAAAAGCACAUGUUGGAUUUCUAUGUGUUGUUCAAAAGAAUGGAAUUUUAACGCUAUAUAACAUAGCUACUCGAAAUAUGAUUUCAAGAACAAUAUUGGAAUGUGAAGUAUAUUGUGCUAGUUUAAUUCCAUGUCAAGGUAAACUAGAUCAAUAUUUACCUCAAUCUAUAUUCAGUAUUGAUACAUAUGGUUCAUUAACUAUUUCUCAAUGGAAAAUUAUAACAAAUAAUAAAGAUACAGUUCUCAAUGAACCUACAUUAUGCGAUGAAACAUUAGAAAUUGGAACAAACAUUUUUAAAGAGAUAUCACGUAAAGGAAAACAUGGAGAUUUUAAAUAUUGUACAUAUAUUCACGACAACUUUCGUUCACAACCCAAUGGUGAAUUAAAAUUAAAUAAAACAAACUCAAAUAUUGAUAAUUCACAAAUCUAUUCAUUCAAUGAUAUAAAUCCAUGUGAAUUUAGUUUUAUUACUGCAGCUUAUGAAUGUACAAGAAGAAAAAUUCUACGUUUAACAAAUUGGAUUUGUAAAAGUAAAGGUCUACGUAAUACUGUAUCAUAUAAUAAAAUUUUAUCAAAUGAUCUUAAUUCUAAUUUAAUUGAUAUGACAGUUGUUGAAAGUGGAUGUUCUGGUAGUUUAUGUAUGUGUUUUACAAAUGAAAUAUUUUGGCUUAGUUUACAUACAUUUGAUAUAUUAUCCAAAUUUAAAUUACCUACAUUUAUGCAACCAAUUAAUUGUUUAUCAAAAUCAUGGCCACAACCAGCUGAUUUAAAUCAAUCUCAGCAUAGACGCACAUGGAUAUCUGUAAAUAGAAAUCGUUUAUUAGAAAUUUCUCCAUUUGAAAGUCAACGUCGAUUAGAUACAAAAGGUAGAAGUUGUCUAUUAGUUUGCCCUGUACUAUCAACUAAUUCACAGAUUACAACUGUUUCAUCGGGUUUAGGUAUUACACCCAUUUUAGUAUACGUAUUCCAAAACGUUUGAAUAACUAAUUUCCCCGAUCAUAUCCUUGAUUAAGAGAUCCCAUUCAUUAUAUCACAGAUAAUAUUGAGAGGGGGGUGGCUGAAAACAAGCGCAUUUCAUUCUAGGACAUUAUCUUCCAACACAAACCAAUUGUACAUUUUAAAAUCAAGUGCUUAUACUGAAAGAUUUAAUCAAAUUAAAUUAUAAACUUCCAAAUUUACGAUUGCUACUUUUAGUGAAAAUCACUAUUACAAUCCACUGUUAUAACAACAAUUGUAUGACACAUAGUUUAAUGGCAUGAUACAUCUGACAUUGUUUGUUACUUUAGAUUGCAACAGCGUUAGAAAAUGGUGAGAUUCAUAUAACACAUAUCCCUGAAUCUUGUUUUAGUUGUAUGGUUGAAUUUUGUUCUCUUGGUUUUAUCAAUAAAAAUGAAUUAGUCAAUCAUGUUGUACAAGAUCAUUAUUUAGGCGAAUCAACCGAUGAAUUUCGAUGUAAUUGGGCUUCAUGUGAUCUAUAUCUUCCGUUGAAUUGUUCACAAUUCAAUAAAGAGAUAUUAGAAGAUCAUGCUCAUCAACAUGUAUAUUCAUAAGAAAAAUCUAAUUUUUCUUUAUUUAAUUACCAUUUUAAUAAAAAUUUAAUAAAUGUAUUGUUUAUUGUUUAUUAUUAUUAUUAUUAUUAAUUUAUUAUUCACUUCCUGUUUGUUUAUUUGUUUACAAAAAUAAUACAUAACAUUUAAACAAAUCUCAUUUAAAACUACCUAAGAUUUCGUCCGCAUUUUCAUCAUAUAUUUAUGCAUAUAUAUAUACAUUUGUUUGAAUGAACUGAAAGCAUUCUAAACAAAUUUUUAUUUGCUGAAAGAUCAAUAUUCUAUUGUUUAUUGUUCUAUGCUUCUCUUUCAACAGUAAUUUGUUUUUCUUACAGUAUCAACCAAUUAACACAUUAUCAUAUUGUUUUAAUAAGGAUAAUAAGAAAUUGUGUUACCUACAUAGAUAUUAAUCACUUGUUAAAUGUAAUAAGGAAUCAACUUCAUAACUUUGUUUAUUUUUUAAAGAACUUAUUGUUGUUGUUGAUAAAUUCAUGUUUAUCAAAAAAAAAAGAAUAUUUGAGUGAACAAUUGUUUCCAAUAGCUUCAUCAUCAGUCUCUACUGUUAUAAGUCCAUAAUUAUAAUAUUUUAUGAAGGCCAAAAUAAGGCAAUGCAUUAAUGAGUUUGACAAUGCUAUGUGUUAAAAAUAGUGAAUGUUUGCAUCUGUUACAAUUGUUUAUUAGUUAACAAUCCCAAUAUGAGUAUUUAAAUAAAAAAGAAAUUUAUCACUAACUAUUAAAUUAUGCAUUAUUUCUACCCAUUUACAAGGUUUCAUAUUUUUUAUAUAAUUACUAGAAGAUAUGUUGAAUGUUUUAAUGAAAUCAUUUUAAUAUGAAUAAUACUUGGUUUGUAAGCAGUCUACAAGGGUUCACAAGUUUUCGUUUGUUUGUUUGUUUUAUAAUGUUGAUCAUUGGAAUUGUAGAUGAGCGUUAAUAACUGAUCAAUUGAAAUCAUACAACAAUUCUUUUACUAAUAUCUUCUCGAAAACUUGAACCCAGCACUGAUUAUUUCAAAUGUUUUAAUGUAGAAACACUCAAUUACCAAAAUCAUGAAGGUUUUUUUUGUUUGUUUCAUUUUGUAAUUUCUCUAUCACUAACGUAACUGUGUUAUUUGAUCUCUUUUAUCUUCAAUAAACUUUAUCUUUGCCGACUGAAUCCAUUGAAAUACACAAGCCAUGAAAAAAAUUACACUUCAGAUACGGCUUGAAAAGAAUCACGAUUAAUUAAUGCUUAUUGUAUAUUUGUAUUAUGGUUUUUUUUAUUUCUCCCCACCCCAUAGUUCAAAGACGCCGUGACUUCAGAAGAAGCAUCAUUAUUUAAGAUAUUAUGGAUAUCCGAUAAUUAAGGCGUGUAAUAUCAUUGCCACCCACAAAUGUUUAGUUAAUCAUUAAGCCGACACUUUAUUAAACAAUAAUGAGUAGAUACGUUAUGCCAUCGAGUCAAGUGAAACGCUUCCUAAAAAACGUAGGUAUUUUCUAAUCAUGUCAGUUAAAAACGAGAUGAUGGAUAGGGAAUUCACAAAUUCAGAAAAGAAAAUAAUAAAUUUAGCACGAAAUAACGUGACGUACUGAUUGAUUAACUCCCAUUAAUAUAUGCACUAGUAAUAGCUCAAACGAUGAAUAAAUGGAUUUCAUAUUUUCAGUUUACCUACUAGAAGUUAAUUUAAUAAAAAAAGGAAUAGAAUUUCAAUCUUGACCAUAUCCACUUUUGAUCUAACAGUAGUAUUACUCAGUAUUUUGGAAAUGUCUUAAUUAGCUUACUAUAAAACAAGUUAAUUCAAACACUUUGACAGUAUGUGAUAUGUCAGCUAUUCUUCCAGGUCUUAUAUGCAAACAAGUUUGUUGUAAUGUGGUUACUUCUCAAAAGUGUUAGUUAGCAGAGCUCAUAUUCAUUGAUUGAAUAAUUCUUAUAUCUAGACUUUGUUGUAGUUGGACUAGUCAGUAUGGUAUACUCAAAUCUUUAGUGGAAUAUUGCUCCCCGUAGGAUUCAAAUCUGUAUCACUCAGUUUUACCAUAACCAAACUAUUUUGACAGAAAUAAACAUUUUGUAUCUUCACGUCCUAACAUAAACACCAAGUUUAAGGCUUCCUCCUGAUUACCUACAAUAGCUAGACACAAACCACAGUGUACUGCAAAAUCCAGUUAAUUAAACUAAGGAAUAUAUUGUAACUGAAUCGAUAGAUUAUAACUGAGAACACUGGUUACGACUCACUGAAUAGUAGACGCAACAAAGCUUAUGUUAAGCUAAAGUUUUAGGUAUUGAAAAGAAUAGUGAACAGCAGCAAAUGCCAAAUAAUGGAGAUAUUCUGUCUCCAAAUUUAUGUUACUUAAAAUUAAAUUAUGAUAAAGAAAUAUUUUUUUGAAAUUGCUUAAGAAACACAUUAUCCAUCCAGAACUAUACUGAAUGGCUGAUUUAAAAUAUGUCCUGUACUACUAACCUGUUAACACCAUGUUUAAGAAGUAUUAAAAUACAAAGUUGGUUCUGUUAAUUAAUUCAUUUCUACAACUUUUUGGACAAAAUGUACACAAUAUUACAUGCCUAGUCUCUGCCACUGUACUUUCCUCCUAGUGUUAUAAAUUAUUUUCAAUUUUUUUUCGAAUAUUGCGUAACUAGAACAGCAUACUGAAUACUAAUAAACAAGUGCUUUCUAACAGAAUACUUUGAAUAAUAGUCUUCUUUUGAAAUGUAUUUAUGUAUGAAGCAAUUUAACCAACUGUUUAUGUCUAUAUUACAUAUAACGUGCAG